AUGGGCGCUGGCUUUGUCCGCAGCCUGCGGUCCGUGGUGCCCGGCGCGGCCCCAGGCAGCGCCUGGGCGCAGCGGGACGUGGGCCCCACGCUGCGGCGCUUCUUUGGGGCCUACGAAAACGGCGAUGUUUGGGCUGUCUACAGGCGGUACAAGAACAUUGACCUGGACAACUCUGGAUGGAUUAGCUACGAAGAGCUGUCAGAGAUCCUAUUUCUACCAGAGUUCAACCUGCUCUUUAUAUUCGAUGCUUUCAGCCAACAGAAUGCGUUGAUAGACAGCCGCGAGCUUUUGGUCAUGGUCUGCCUAUUCAGCUCCUCCAAGCUGAGCGAGAAGUGCGGAGUCUUCAUGACCCUUUUCGACAGCUCUCACAGUGGCACCUGCACAGCUGCCGAAGUGGCCAACAUUGCGACGUCAGCCCUGCAGGUUUUAGGGCGAUGUACUGGCGCUCCAGUUCGGGGCAAGGACAUCGCAGCUGCCAUGCAGGAAGAAUUGUCAGAUGUGCUGCCAUUGUACCGCGAAGCAGCCCUUCGCCUGGGCUCAGAGGCGACCUUCAAAGAAGAGCGCAUCUUCGGCCAAGACGAAGUGGAUGAGGUGUGUUCCUCCUUCAGGCAAGUCUAUGAUGAGCUACCCAUAGGCCAAGCUCCGCCGCCCAACUGUGUCGCGCCGCCGGCGCCGGACUGGGACAAGACGGCCACAGUUAGCGCGGACAAGAUGCAGCACGCAGCUUCGGUGCGGCCAUUGGGCCGGAACUUGACCGAAGCAGAGCUGACUCACAUGGCACUCUUAGGAGGCAUGGACAACGAGGAGGACGACCGGGAACAGGCUGCUGAAAUACUCAAGGAGAAGACGCUUUUGCGCCGAAAAGAAGAGAUGGAGAAGGAAGCGGCCAAGGCUGCAAUCCAACCAGCGCGAGGCUGGAUGGUGGUUCACGGCGCGGACUUUGUCACGGUUUCGAAGGAGAUGGCCAGAUUUCGGCACUUGUUCGUGAAGUGCGUGGCCCAGGCGCUUGACGUGCCGUCGGGCAUUCUCACGAUUGUGGACGUGACACCGGGCAGCGUCGUGGUGGAGUUCCUGAUUCAUCCGUCCCUCCGCGGGGGCGACCGCCGGAGCGCGAUUCAGCUCCUUGUGGCUCUGGCAGAGCAGCUCAUCAACGGCAAGAGCACGCUGCGGCGGGGCCACUUCAGCGCCUAUGCUGCCAGCGCUGAGCUGCUGGUUGGUGAGACGCGAAGAACUGCAGUUCACCCGCUGUCCAUUGCCGACGGGGUCAUUUGUUGCGACCAGUCGGUGCAAUGCUGCAAUCCACAAGCUGUCCUGGAUGAGGUGCUGGCACGGCUUGAGACAGAGAACAAGCGAGCAGAGGUGGCAGAGGAGAAAUAUCGACAAGCAGUAAUUGAGCUCCGGAGAAGGGACGAAUCGGUCAAGUCUUUGACAAAGCUGCUGGAUCAAGCAAAGCAGCAGGAGGAGGACUCGUGUGGCUUGCAGCAACUUGCCGAGUUGCGAGCUGAGUCGGGAAAACACCUAUCUCAGGAGCUCGCGAAGCAGCAGGCCUUUGAGGUGAAGGAGCAGCAGAGAGACAAGGAGCUCACCGAGCAGGGGGGCCCAGUGCAGCUUCAGAGUCUAAGGUGUGGUAUGCAACUUAGCAUGGGGCGGGGCAAUUUGGCGCGUUAUUUCUAG